UUAAUGGAAAGCAGUGUUUCAGCGGAGGAUCGGCUAAAUGUGUGGCAAUUAUGCAAAACAUAUUUAGGCGGCGAAUGGAGUGAUGUUUGCGCCGACGAUCUGGUUAUCAAACCCGCGACGGGUGGAUUUGUAAAUAAAAUACUAUUCUGUUUUCUACCCGACUCGAUUGACCAAGGACAAACAAAAUACUCGAAAGUGGUGGUCAAAUAUUUCGAUGUCGAUUGUUUCGAAAGGUGUGGCAUAAAUCUAACCCAUUUAUUAGCAGUUAAUGUAAUUUUAUCCGAGAAUAAUAUAUCGCCCAAAAUGUUGGCCGUCUUUGAAAAGGGAAAUAUCUGUGAAUAUAUUGAUUCACACUAUUUCAACGCCGGCGAUGACAUCAACCCUAUGGCAGUGUCAGUGUUGGCACAAAAGGUGGCAAAAUUGCAUUCAUUAAAUAUGCCGAUAUUUAAAGACAGCGCCGACUGGUAUAUGAAAAUAAUUAUGGACAUUAGGUACCCAGAGAGCGAUCGGGAGUCCUAUAGAAACGGGUCGGUUCGCCAGGAGAUCCAGAAGAAUAAGAAUGACUACAAGACACUCAUAUCAUUGGACUUAUUGGAUGAGAUGGAUUGGCUCAGACGUAUGUGCGAACACAUUGCCUGUCCCGUAGUCUUCUCUCACUGUGACCUCAAUCGGCGCAAUACUCUGGUCCGGGAGGGAGGGGUUGGCCCGGGUUUGGACGUAUUCAUUAUUGACUGGGACUGGUGUUGCUAUACCUAUAGGGGCGCCGACUUUGGCGAUUAUUUUAUGAAUUGGUGCCAAACAGAGCUGGACUUCGGUGGCGGACCCUUUCCCACUGACGACCAGAUGUUGGUCUUCAUCGACGCCUAUAUCCGGGAAAUGACAGCAAUUAAUGGCAACUCUUUUACACAAUUGGAGAUCAAUUCACGACAAAGGCUUAUAAAGGAGGCAAAAGUACAUGGAAAGUUAGAAAUGAUGCCCAAAGCGGAACAAAGACUUAAAGUUUACGCAAUACUAAAGGAUCGUAUAUUUGACGAAUAUCCGGAACUUCAAUAA